AUGCACGCUCACCUCUGGGGCUUCCUUCAGCCUUGUAACCCUGCCGUCGCCCGGAUUGACUUUUUCCGCGUGAAUCCGGUGUUCACCAUCGGCCGCACGGGCGAAAACAGCGUUAACCUCAGCGGCAUGAAGAUCUCUGCCCGCCACUGCGAGCUCAGGUGGGACGGCCAGGACAGCCGCAACUCGAUCGUCAUGAUACAGGACCUCUCGACCAACGGGACCUGGAUCAAUGGCGAGAAGAUCGGGCGCGGAAACCACCGCGUUCUGCGCGAAGGCAACGAAGUCGCGUUCGGAACGCCCAUGGCGUCCAGUCAACCCCAUCAGGACUUCCGCUACAUCUACCGUCACACCGCCAACGGCGGCUGCAUGGAUGGAAUCUGGGCGCAAUACGACAUGGGGUCCGAGCUCGGCCGCGGCUCGUUCGCGUCUGUCAUGAAGGCCCUCUCGCGCUCCACAGGCAAGUGGUACGCGGUCAAGGUCAUCCACACGAACAAGGUCCUCAACAGCCACACCCCCGGAUCGUUCAACAACGGUAACGCCGGGAGCGGCUCGCGUCUGCGCAAGCUCAAGCGCGAGAUCGAGAUCAUGGAAAAGCUCACGCACCCUAACAUCUGCCAGCUCAAGGAGACGUUCAUCGAGGAUGCUAGCAUCAACCUUGUCCUUGAGCUGGUCGACGGCGGUGAUCUCCUAGACUAUAUCGUCAAGUAUGAGGGCCUGACCGAGGACGUCUCGAGGUCCUUGACUGCGGAGAUUUGUGAAGCACUGGCUUAUGUUCACGCCAAAGGCAUUGCACAUCGCGACCUCAAACCAGAGAACAUCCUUCUCACUAAAGACGAUCCACCACACAUCAAGGUUGCCGACUUCGGCCUGGCCAAGGCGGUCGACAGCCUGACGAUGCUUCGGACCAUGUGUGGCACGCCAAGUUACCUCGCCCCCGAGGUAGUGCUGCAGGCGAACUACGAAGGCUACGACCACCUCGUGGACAGCUGGUCCGUCGGCGUCAUCGUCUUCUCCAUGUUGACCAACUCCAGCCCCUUCCUCGAGGACGAGCGGCUCGAGCUCCGGGACCGCAUCGCAUCGCGUACCGUCGACUGGGAGACGCUGAAGUACAUCGGCGUCACCUCAGCCUGCGAAGACUUCGUCCGCCGGCUCCUGAGACCCGACCCCGCAGAUCGCAUGUCGCUCACGGAAGCGCGCCACCACCGCUGGUUCCGCAAC